GCCUUCUUGAUACGGCCCAUGAGAUCAGACAGAUGGACAAUCUACUCGUUGAGGAGGUAGGCACAAAAGACGUCAGAAGAUCUAUGAACCAGACAGCUGGAAAUGCCAUGGAAUCGUUUAGAAAUAAAGGAAGCACUCACAGCCAAGGUGAAGACAUCUGGCACAGUACCUCCCUGUGUAGACUACAACGGGGACGUGGAUAAACUCUACCAGGAGAACCAGCAGUUCCAGGAGAGGAUACUCAAGUAUCAUGACCAGAUGAAUGCAGCUCAAGUCAGCUUUGAAGAAAUGAAAAGAAUCAAUGAAGAGAAGUACAAUUCUUUGUUGGAGAGACACAAAGGCCAGAUCCUACAAGCAAGCAACCUACAGAGGGAGCUACGAUCAUUAGAGACAGCCUUCCGCGAGGAGAUUAAGAAGAGAGAUGCAAAGCUGAGAAACAUGAGGAUGAACCAAGUAGAGCAAGAGCGUAAUCAACAAGUUCUUGUUUCAAGACUCAACAGCGUUGAAGAGGAGCCCCGUCUGACCCUGAAGAAGCCUAACGUUGAGCAGAUGAGGAUGAAAGUCAGCGAUCAACUCAAAAAUCUAACCAUGCUGGAAGAUGCCUUCAAAGAAAACAAAAUAUCACAAGAACUACACGCAAUAACUGUUAAUAUCAUCAACCAAACUAUGGAGGUACCUGAGAUCAGGCUAAGAAGCCUCUUUGAGAGAUAUAUCACAUUCAGGAGACUACAGGAACAGAAAGAGGAAUUAUCUGAAAAGAUAAAAGAUACCAAGGCUGGAGAUACAGAGAAAGACAAACGACUCACUACCUACCUAGAGAGGAUGGGCAAACGAAUGAAUGCGAGUAUCGAUAAAUGGAGGGAUAAGAGAGAAUCUCUGAAGCAACAGAGAACAGAGCUAUAUGAACAGAUGUUGGCCAUCUUUGAUGCAGUAACACAGGAAGCCGGUAUCAGUAUGAUCCGUCCCAGGACAGCUACCUUCAAACCUUACAAGCCUCCGAGCAGACGACGGAAGUCCAAGAUACAGCCUAGCGGUAUUCAUAUGGACCUAUCUGGUAGUAUGGCAAAAGAGUCUGUCAUUGGGACCAGUAUGGCCCUAUUGGGAGAAACUGGACCAUUCUGGAGGAUGCCUGCCAACUGGGAAGCAACAACUGCUGUGGUGACCGUCCCUAAGAUGCUGGAUAUGGAUGUCAAUACAAGACGCAAGACAGCUCAGGAUGUUUUAUUGAGACUUGGCAAGGGCGAUGACUCUCGUAACAUCAACGCUCCAAGAAUCAAUAGAGAAGCAACCUUACCUCCUAUUGCCUCCCUCUUUCCUCCAAUCUCUAAGUAAUGUGUAUGGCCUGAACUCUACUAUAUACUCAGAAUAUUUGUACUUUUAUACAAUGAUUCUUGCAUCACAAUUGCAUUGCUGUAUUUAAUUUGAGAAUAGUAUUUUAUUAAGCUAUGGAGGAUAUAGGUCUAUUGGCCAACUUAUAAAAAGUUAUAAAAGUGCAAUACAACUAGGUGCUGUAAAAGGUUUUUAUGAAUUAUUUUGUACUAAGAAUUCAAAACAGAGAGUGAAAAACAUGAAAUCCAUGUAGUUUUACUAAUAUUGAAGUGAUUUUAAAUUCAUUGCACACAAUCAAACCUUUUUGUGGUUCAAGAGAAAGAUGCAUGUUUCUUUUGAGAUCAAUUACAGUUUAAUGUUGAUGUUUUAAAAAAUACAUUUAUUAUAAUA